CUGCUCCACUCUGACGGCGUGUGUUGGAGGGGAAGGGUGAAAUAGCGCAUCACCACAGUCUUAUUAAAGAACAAACGUCCUAAUCAACAGCGUUCUCAGACAUAGUAGAGAGCAUUCCCACGAAAAACACCCCGACAUAUGCAGGAGCCGUGAGUUCAAGUGCUAGAAGGUGUCGGUGACCGUUGAUUAGCGGCUGCGCUAGCUAUUGUGCUAACACCUCGUUUACAUCCACCGUCAUCAGACAGCAUCACUCCAGCUCCAGACUCGCCUCUUACGACACUCGUGCGAGCUUCCCUCGCACACUAGGCAGCCGUCAUUGAGUUACUAACGUGUCCCGCUGGAAAGGGUGUCGGAGCUGAACCCUUCCCCGUGGCUCCUGUGCUCCCCCCGUCACCUUUGCCCCCUCUCCCACCCGAAACACUGGACACACACAAGCGGCCGGAGAACGGCGAGAGGCCCGUGAAGCUGGGGGUGGUACCGGACUCGCACGCUCUCGUAGCGCCCAAAGAGAGGCACAGUCGUGGGGACACGCCGACGAACAUGGACGGGCUGGCGGUGGAGGUCCGCGGCUCAAACGGGGCCUUCUACAAGGGUUUCAUCAAGGAUGUACAUGAAGACUCCCUCACAAUAGUCUUUGAAAACAACUGGCAACCAGAGAGACAGCUGCCGUUCAGUGACGUGAGGUUGCCACCCCCAACCGAUUACCAAAAGGACAUUUGUGAGGGAGAUGAAGUGGAGGUUUACUCCAGAGCCAACGAUCAGGAGCCCUGCGGCUGGUGGAUGGCGAGGGUGAGGAUGAUGAAGGGAGAGUUCUAUGUGAUCGAAUACGCAGCCUGUGAUGCCACAUACAACGAAAUUGUCACAUCGGAACGAAUCCGGCCAGUCAAUCCCAACAUCCCCUCCUCUGAAAACACCUUUUACAAAGUCCCCAUCGCUGUACCCGAGGACCUCAGAGACAUCUGUUUGACUGAGAACAUCCACAAAGACUUCAGGAAAGCAAUCGGAGCCAACUGCAUCUUCUACAGUACCUUUACACACCAACUUAUAGUCCUGUCUACAAACGAGUGCACGGUGAAACGAGCAGCACUACUGAGUGACAUGCACUUCCGGAGUAUUCGCACCAAACUCAUGCUCAUGUCCCGUAACGAGGAGGCCACUAAACACUUAGAGACGAGUAAACAGCUGGCGUCUGCGUAUCAGGAAGAAGUGAAGGUUCGUGAGGAUCUAAUGGGUCUGGCCAUCGGUUCUCACGGUGCCAACAUCCAGCAGGCCCGCAAAGUACCCGGCAUCACUGCCAUUGAGCUGGAAGAAGAGAGCUGCACAUUUAGGAUCUACGGAGAGACCCCAGAGGCUGUGAAGCAGGCCAGGACCUAUCUGGAGUUUAAGGAGGAUUCCUUCCAGGUUCCAAGGAACCUUGUAGGCAAAGUCAUUGGCAAAAAUGGCAAAAUUAUCCAAGAAAUAGUAGACAAAUCGGGCGUGGUUCGAGUCAGGAUCGAAGGGGACAAUGAUAAAAAGCUGCCCAGGGAGGAGGUAGGCAGGCAGGGGGCUGGCAGAGACAACACUGUCAGCAGCCAAGAGGGAAUGGUUCCCUUUAUCUUUGUUGGUACCAAAGACAACAUCAGUAACGCCCAAGCCUUGCUCGAGUACCAUGUGGCCUACCUUCAGGAGGUGGAGCAGUUGCGUCUCGAGCGCUUACAGAUCGAUGAACAGCUCCGUCAGAUUGGGGUGGGAUAUCGUGCACCCCCGAGCCGCUCUGGUUCAGGGGUUGCCGGUGAGCGUGAACGGGGUUACCUCACGGACGAGAGCACCAACUCCCUGCAGACCUCACGCACCUAUGGAGGAAGAGGACGUGGACGCAAAACUAACAAUACAUACUCUGGCUAUGGGACAAACUCUGAAAUGUCAAAUGCAUCAGAGACAGAGGAGAUAGGAGAGCGGGAGUCCAGGCCAAAAGGUGUUGGAGGAGAUGACCGGGGUUCCAAGCGUGGAGGUCGUGGCCGUGGCUCCAGCACUGGUAGGGGCCGGGGAGGACCAGGGCCCCGAAACACUAACACUAUCAGCUCAGUUCUCCGAGAUCCAGACAGUAACCCGUACUCUCUGCUGGAGGGAGAAGGUGAAAUAGGUGGUGAUACAGAUGCCAGUGAGAGCAUGGGUGGCACUGACCGCAGGAGACGUUCACGUCGCCGUCGUAACGACCAGGAACCCAGCCUCAUGGAUGCAGCCGCUAAUGAAUCAGAUGGUCAGGCAGCCGCCAGUGAGAAUGGACUGGACGAGGAGGGCAGGCCCCAGCGCCGCAAUAGAAGCCGCCGCCGUCGAAACCGUGGCAAUCGUCCUGAGGGAGGCUCCACCAGCCGUGACAGACAGCCAAUUACUGUUGCUGACUUCAUCUCUCGUGCCGAUUCCCAGAGCAGACAGAAUCUCCCGGGGAAGGAGGAGGUGACACAGCACACGUCCCACCCCAAGGAAAAUGGGACUAGUGUGAGUAAGGAAGAGCGCACUCCUUCCAAGCGCUCCCCUAGCAAUGGCGUGGCAUCGCCCAGGGAGGCUCUAGCCAUGGUGAAUGGCGUCUCCUAAAAAGUCAUCUCGCCCCCUCAAGACCCACGUCUAAAGCAAGACACCAUGGCGAAAUCUGUCCCUGCUUGCAUUCACGUAAACCUUUAAACUGACGAAUGAAAUCGACUAAAAUCCUUGAAUUCAUACAAGUCUAUGAGAAGAAAAUGAUACAAAAAAAAAAUGACGAACGCAUCUACUUUAAACCACACGUAACGGUGUAUGUUUAUCCUAUCUAUCAGUACUUAGUGCUUAUGUAAGACAAGCUUGCCAGAAAUGAGCUGAUGGAUAUGACUCAAAUUUCUGACGUAACACAGAAAACAGGACGUGACUUUUUG